AAUAAUCUCAAUGAUUGAUUUGUGUAUCCCGCGUCCAUACGGAGCAAAGCUGAAUAUGAUUUUGAAAUAUGUCACAGCUUGUAGUCUAACCAUUCUCACUCACUCCCAUCAGAACUGUGCGUGCGCCAGCGUUGUAACCUCUUCAGAGACACAGGAGAACAGCACUGAAGGAGAGAGGGAGCGAGGGAGAGGGGACAGAAACAAAACAAAAACAGACCAUCUCUGACAAAAUAGCGGCAGUGGCUGGAGAGGCAGCGAUGUGCUGCUGCUGAAGCACGCGCACAUAAACACAAACACACAACACUCACACUUCGGGAAACGUCAUUCUGGACUGGCACUGACUCCACGCUACGAGCAAGCACAGCCACAGGACGUAUUGGGGUUCAUAUCUAGAUUGUGAGGCCAGACAGAAACCCGUGUGUGUUCGGUCUGGAACGUUGACAGUGCAGCCACGGUCUCCACUGCUGCGCUGGGACCGAAUGGUAAAGAGACCCGGGAAAAGUGACAGCGCGAACGGGUUGUGAAGGAGACUGGAUCAUGGCUUCUUCUCCAAUCCCAAUCAGUCCUGUAUCGAUGGAAGGAUCGACACCGUCGCCCAAUGCGAAUGAAGCGCCCACCAUUGCUCAUCAGUCGGACAGCAACACCAGCUUCCUGCGAGCGGCGAGGGCGGGGAACAUCGACAAGGUUCUGGAGUACCUGAAGGGUGGAGUGAACAUCGGCACCUGCAAUCAGAAUGGGCUCAACGCUUUGCACCUGGCAGCUAAGGAGGGCCAUGUGGAGCUGGUCCAGGAGCUGCUGGAGAGAGGCUCUGCUGUGGACUCGUCCACCAAGAAAGGGAACACAGCCCUCCACAUUGCCUCUCUGGCCGGACAGGCAGACGUAGUGAAGAUGCUGGUGAAGCAGGGAGCAGAAAUUAACUCUCAGUCUCAGAAUGGCUUCACUCCUCUGUACAUGGCUUCUCAGGAGAACCAUAUAGAUGUGGUACGUUACCUUCUGGAGAACGGAGGUAACCAGAGCACCGCCACAGAGGAUGGAUUCACCCCCCUGGCCAUCGCCCUCCAGCAGGGCCACAACCAGGUGGUGUCCGUCCUGCUAGAGAACGACACCAAGGGCAAGGUGCGGCUGCCCGCCCUGCACAUCGCCGCCCGCAAGGACGACACCAAGUCUGCAGCGCUGCUCCUCCAGAACGACCACAACGCCGACGUCCAGUCCAAGAUGAUGGUCAAUAGGACUACGGAGAAUGGAAAGAGUGGAUUCACGCCACUGCAUAUCGCUGCCCACUAUGGAAACGUGAACGUGUCCACAUUACUGCUGAACCGUGGGGCGGCUGUGGACUUCACAGCCAGGAAUGGGAUCACUCCCCUCCACGUGGCCUCCAAGCGUGGUAACACUAACAUGGUACGCCUCCUACUGGACAGGGGGUCUCAGAUCGACGCUAAGACUAGGGACGGCCUCACACCUCUACACUGUGCAGCCAGGAGUGGACAUGACCCAGCAGUGGAGCUACUGCUGGAGAGAGGAGCACCUUUGCUGGCCAGGACCAAGAACGGUCUGUCUCCUCUCCACAUGUCGUCUCAGGGUGACCACGUUGAGUGUGUCAAGCACCUGCUGCAGCACAAGGCGCCUGUUGAUGAUGUCACACUGGACUACCUGACUGCGCUGCAUGUCGCCGCCCACUGCGGUCACUACAGAGUCACCAAGCUGCUGCUGGACAAGAGGGCCAACCCCAACGCUAGAGCACUGAAUGGUUUCACCCCGCUGCACAUUGCCUGUAAGAAGAACCGAGUGAAGGUGAUGGAGCUGCUGGUCAAGUAUGGAGCAUCUAUCCAGGCCAUCACAGAGUCUGGCCUGACUCCCGUUCACGUAGCAGCUUUCAUGGGUCACCUCAACAUCGUCCUGCUGCUGCUACAGAACGGAGCCUCGCCUGACGUUAGCAACAUUCGCGGGGAGACUGCUCUACACAUGGCAUCCAGGGCAGGACAGGUGGAGGUGGUGCGCUGUCUGCUGAGGAACGGAGCCAUGGUGGACGCUAGAGCCAGGGAGGACCAGACACCCCUCCACAUCGCGUCUCGUCUGGGGAAGACUGAGAUAGUCCAGUUGCUACUGCAGCAUAUGGCCCACCCUGACGCCUCCACUACUAACGGAUACACACCUCUCCACAUCUCAGCCAGGGAGGGACAGGUGGACGUGGCUUCAGUACUGCUGGAGGCAGGCGCCUCACACUCGCUGGCUACUAAGAAAGGAUUCACUCCCCUGCAUGUGGCAUCCAAGUACGGAAGCCUGGAGGUGGUCAAACUUCUCCUGAAAAAAACAGCUCCUCCUGAUUCUGCUGGGAAGAACGGCCUCACACCUCUCCAUGUCGCUGCACAUUAUGAUAACCAGAAGGUGGCGCUCCUGCUUUUGGACAAAGGGGCCUCCCCCCACACCACGGCCAAGAACGGCUACACCCCACUCCACAUUGCGGCGAAGAAGAACCAGAUGGACAUUGCGGUGGUGCUGCUGCAGUACGGGGCAGACACCAACAUCCUGACCAAGCAGGGGGUCACCCCUCUGCACCUGGCCUCACAGGAGGGGCACGCUGACAUGGCCAGCCUGCUCAUCCAGAAGGGGACUGAAGUCAACGUCUCCACCAAGAGUGGCCUCACCUCCCUCCAUCUUGCUGCCCAGGAGGACAAGGUGGUUGUCAGUGAGAUACUGGCUACACAUGGAGCCAACCUGGACCAGCAAACUAAGUUGGGCUACACUCCACUGAUUGUAGCGUGUCACUAUGGAAACGCCAAGAUGGUCAACUUCCUCUUACAGAACGGUGCUAGCGUCAACGCCAAAACCAAGAAUGGAUACACUUCCCUCCACCAAGCAGCACAGCAAGGAAACACACACAUCAUCAAUCUACUGCUGCAGAAUGGAGCUAAGCCCAACAACAUCACUGUGAAUGGUAACACAGCUCUGGCCAUCGCCCGGCGACUGGGCUACAUCUCUGUGGUGGACACACUCAAGGUGGUCACCGAGGAGAUUAUUACCUCGACAACCACGGUGACAGAGAAACACAAGAUGAACGUUCCUGAGACCAUGACUGAAGUCUUGGAUGUCUCUGAUGAGGAGGGUGAUGACACUAUGACAGGGGAUGGAGGGGAGUAUCUGAGGGCAGAGGACCUGAGGGAGCUGGGGGAUGACUCCCUGCCUGGACAGUACCUGGAUGGGAUGAACUACCUGCGCUUUAGCCUGGAGGGGGGACGCUCUGACAGUCGAAUCCAGAGUUCGGACAGGUCCUACACUCCCAGUCACCACGGUUACUACUCUCCCAAACAGGACAGCCUGAUGGACGAGAUGUUAACCGGCCAAAACGUGUCGUCUCUUUCCAGGGAAAAUGAGAAGGACUCGUACCGUCUGAGCUGGGGCACAGAAAACCUGGACAAUGUGGCACUGUCUUCCAGCCCCGUCCACUCUGGACGUUCCUCUCCGUGCCAUGAUCAUGGCGACAGCAGCUUCCUGGUUAGCUUCAUGGUUGACGCCAGGGGCGGAGCCAUGCGGGGUUGCCGCCACAACGGCCUGCGCAUCAUCAUCCCACCGCGGAAGUGCAGCGCUCCCACGCGGGUGACCUGCCGGCUGGUAAAGAGGCACCGCCUGGCCACCAUGCCUCCCAUGGUGGAGGGAGAGGGCCUGGCCAGCAGGCUGAUCGAGGUGGGGCCUGUCGGAGCCCAGUUCCUCGGUAAACUACACCUUCCCACUGCCCCGCCCCCUCUUAACGAGGGCGAGAGCCUCGUUAGCCGCAUCCUGCAGCUCGGGCCACCCGGGACAAAAUUCCUCGGGCCUGUGCUGGUGGAGAUCCCUCACUUCGCUGCCCUGAGGGGGAAGGAGAGGGAGCUGGUGAUCUUACGCAGUGAGACAGGAGAGAGCUGGAAGGAGCACCACUGUGAACACACCGGGGAGGAACUUAACCAGAUCCUCAACGGCAUGGACGAGGAACUGGACCCUCCAGAGGAGCUGGAGAAGAAGCGUAUCUGCCGCAUCAUCACCAGGGACUUCCCCCAGUACUUUGCGGUGGUGUCCCGGGUCAAGCAGGACAGUAGCCUGAUCGGUCCAGAGGGGGGCGUCCUGAGCAGCACGGUGAUGCCUCAGGUCCAAGCUGUCUUCCCAGAGGGAGCCCUCACCAAGCGGAUCAGAGUGGGACUCCAGGCUCAGCCAAUGAAUGUGGACAUGGUGAGGAAGCUCCUGGGAAACAAGGCGACAUUCAGCCCCAUUGUGACCUUGGAGCCCCGGAGGAGGAAAUUCCAUAAACCCAUAACUAUGACCAUCCCUAUCCCCAAGAGUAACACUGACCCUGUGGUCAAUGGCUUCGGCGGGGACCAGCCCACCCUGCGCCUGCUUUGUAGUAUCACAGGUGGAACGACGCCAGCCCAAUGGGAGGACAUUACAGGAACCACUCCCCUAACGUUCAUCAACGAUUGUGUCUCCUUCACGACCAACGUGUCGGCCAGGUUCUGGCUGAUAGACUGUCGGCAGGCGCAGGAGUCGGUCAGUUUCUCCACUUCAGUCUACAGGGAGACCAUCUGUGUUCCCUACAUGGCCAAGUUCGUUAUCUUCGCAAAGACCCAUGACCCCAUAGAGGCACGGCUCCGCUGCUUCUGCAUGACGGACGACAAGAUGGACAAAACCUUGGAACAGCAGGAGAACUUCACUGAGGUGGCCAGAAGCAGAGAUGUAGAGGUCCUAGAGGGCAAACCCAUUUAUGCAGACUGCUUCGGCAACCUGGUCCCUCUCACCAAGAGUGGCCAGCACCAUCUCUUCAGCUUCUUUGCUUUCAAAGAGAACAGGCUGGCACUCUUCAUCAAGAUCCGAGACAACACUCAGGAUCCGUGUGGCCGUCUGUCCUUUAUGAAAGAACCCCGGUCUUAUAGAAGUCUGGCCCACAAUGCUAUAUGCAACCUGAACAUCACACUACCAUCCUACUCAAAGGAAUCUGAUUCAGACCAAGAGGCUGAGGAAGAGAUCAACAGGACGCUUGAGAAAUAUGACGAAGACAUUACGUCGACGACAGUCCAGAAAAGAGAUCCGGACCUUCUCUCCGAUGUGUCUGAGCUGAAACAAGACCUGAUCAAAAUGACCGCUAUCCUAACCACGGAUUCCCCUGACAAAUCCAGUUCUCUGGAAGGGAGCGGUCUGGAGAAAGGGGCUGAGGAGGUUCAGGGCGAGCCGUUUGAAAUCAUGGAGAAGGUCAAAGAGGAUUUGGAGAAAGUGGGCAAGAUACUCAGGAGUGGAACAUUGGAGGGUGAGGUAGCAGAGGGGGCAGCAAUUGCAGCUGGAAUGAAUGAAGAGUGGAUCCUCCUCUCAGACUGUGAGAUAGAGGAGGCCAAAAAGAUGUCUUCCUUAGAACCCCAGGAACCUAUUCUACAUGAAGUCCGAGUCAACAGAGGGAUUCCCAGACCUAAAGCCAUCAAAGACGUUUCUGGCAUGAACACACACCUGACUGGUGAACGCAAAGAAUAUCUCCUGGAUGUACCUGAGGGCUCCAGUGCAGCAGCUCAGGAGGAUGUGGUCCAAGAGAAAUUCACAGAGGUCGUCCUGCGCAAAGGCGUGAAAAGAACCACAACGACAAUAACAACAACAGCUACAAUCAAAACUCCUGCUGUUGAACUCAAAAAGCCAGUCAGGAGGAAAGGAAAAGACCAGGAACAGGCGGAGGAAUCUACCUAUGGGGAUGCUCUCCUAAGUGCACCCACAGACCAUAAACCAGUGUCACCUGUGUCCCCAGUAGUUGAGGAGACCCCCAUUGGGUCCAUAAAAGACAAAGUCAAAGCCCUUCAGCAGAAAGUGGAGGCAGAGCAGAAGGGUCAAAAGCCAAAUAGCACCAAAUCCUCAAAGGUUGCAGUGGAGAGCAAAAUCCCUCAAAGGACCGAAGAAACCACCCUUAAAUUGAAACAGAGCCCUGCAAAACAGGACACCGCUAAACAGGGCCACCCUAAGUCCCCCAAAACUGAGUCUGAGAAGCUGCAGGAGACUAUGUCAGUAAGGGAGCUCAUGCGAUCCUUCCAAAAGGGGCAGGACCCCUCAAAGAGAAAGUCUGGACUUUUCGAGCUCAAAACCCACACCUCUACAGAGCAUGAAACAGCAGAAUCAGAAUUACAGCCCAAACAGUCAAAAUCCACUAUCAAAGCCACCACAAUCUGUUAUGAACGGGAAGUAUCACUGGACGCCAUUCCUGACGAGCACCACAGAGCCAAAGAUGAGCAAAUUAGCCCACAUAGAAAGCACUCCAAAGACUUUGGUGCUGAAAUUAAAGCAGAGCUUGAGGACAAUCCAGAGUACCAACAGUUUAAGCAGACCUCUGUAGAGGGUAGUCCUGCUGCCCAGUCAGACCUAACUGAAACUGUAGAGUUUCUGAAUAUAUCCCUCUAUGAUAGCUCUGAUAGUUUGAAACAUGAGAGCGUGGCAGACUCUCCCAGUGCCAGCCUGGGUGAUGGUAGUCCUCCUCACCUUAGCUCAGAGGAUAGCCUUAAACACGAGGGCUUAGCCACCCCUGGAACAAGCCCUGACAGUCUCUCCCUCUCUCCAAAAAAUGCUGACCAGUCCACUAAAAACUCAACAGCUGCUACUAUAGCUGUCAAAGGUGACAAUAAAACCAAGGACAAGUCUGGAGACUCCGGUGUGGGGACCACUGAUGACCAGCCAUCAACGGAAAUGACCCUUCCUGUCUCUCCCAGUGAGGCCGCAGACGACCGCACCACGAGUGAGUCCAUAUAUUUUCAGACGGGCGAGUCUAAGCCAUCUAAAACGAGAAAGCUUACAAAGAGAGUUUCAGAGACUUUAGAGAGCUUCCUUAGGGAUGAGGAGAGCCCUGUUGACAAGCUAGCAUCAGCUGUAGCUAUGACCCUUGCUUCUAGUUCCUCUCCCCAGCAUCAAGGAAGCUUAGAAUUGCCUUUAAAAGACCCAGAUACCCUCAGUCCCUUAGCCGACGAAUCUUUGACCAUAAGCCACAGAGACUCUCUAGACGAGGAUAGUCCCCUCAUGGAAGACGACUCCUCCCAUAGGACCCCAGACUCCAUCGAGCCCAGCCCAACAAAGGAAUCCCCCUGUUGUGACUCCUUAGAAAGCAGCCCUGUAGAGCAGAAAACGUUCCCUCCCGUUCUAGAUCAGCCCAGUGGGUCCUCUAGACACCCAGAACCCACCAAAGCCUCAGACUUCCCCCCAGACGUGUUGCGUAGUAGGCUACGCAGGGACCAGGAGGCUAGUGCCAACGAUGAUGACAGUAUCGAGCAGACUUCGUCCCAGAUGGAAAGUUCUGGUAAGAGUCCCCUCUCCCCCGAAACCCCUAGUUCUGAAGAGGUAAGUUAUGAGGUAAACCCCAAAACCCCUGACCACAUGUACCUAUCUGUGGUGUCCAUACCAGCUUUCAUCCCCGAAUACUCAGAGGAAGAGGAUGAUGAGGCAGAAGCACAGAGGAAAUUCAUCCCAGAGGAUGAUAUGUUUAAAAUGUCAGCCCCCAAAAAAACAUUUGAGGAAGUGGACCAGGACACCAGAGCCAAAAGGAACUCUAGAAAAUAUAUAAUUGCCUUGGCAGGUGAUGAAGCAGGGGAUGAUAGCUUCAAAACAGUUGAACUAGAGUCCGCAAAUGAGAGUGGGCUCAAUAGGGCCAAGGAGACCUCAGAGUUAGCUCUUUCUGUUGAAUCCCUUAUUAAAGUACAACCUCCCUCUCCUUUUCCAGCAGGUGUGCAUGAAGGAAUCCACCACACAGAAGCCAAGAGUACAGCUACAAUGGUAGCAGUGGAGGGACCUCAAUCUGUCUCAGAGCAGCAUGUCCCACAAUCAGUUCAGUCACGCAAAGACAUGGUUGACACGGAAGACAGUUUAGCUAAAACGGUUACCGUGUCUUCUAGCUCUGAGGGGGCUGCAAACAUCACCGAUGAGCAGAAGGAGGAAAGUUUGAGGAAAUCAAGGGAAAGCCAGGAGGAUGAUGGGGGAGGGAAAGAAUCAGAUGCAGGCAGUCUGCAGACAGCUGUUGUAAAAGCUCCCUGUCAAAUAGAGAGUAAUAUAACUGACGAAGUGAAAGGAGAUCACAGGAGGCACUCAGGAGCUCCUGAGGUAGAAACGUCCUCCACUGCUGUCAUUGGACAAGUGAGGGAAACAUUCAAACCCGAGAUCUGUAUCUACGAUGACACAGAGGAAGACGAUGAGGAAGAGGAACCUCCCAGAACCGAGUCAAAGGGCGUAACCGCCAGAGCAGAGGCAGACCCUUGGAGUGCCAUGCGCGAAGACGAUGAUGCUUUUGCGGCCCGCGUCAAAGAGGAAGAACAGAAGAUCUUGGGUCUGAUUGUAGACCGGCAAUCCCAGGGGGCAACCCCGGACACCACCCCAGGAAGGAGCCCCACGGAGGAAAGCACGCCAACCAGCGAGCCCAAUCCAUUCCUCUUCCAAGAGGGGAAGCUCUUUGAGAUGACUCGGAGCGGAGCUAUUGACAUGACCAAAAGGAGCUAUGAGGACGAGGGCUUUGCCUUCUUCCAGAUAGGCGAGCAGCCCCUAGAGGAGGCGCUAGCUGAACAGGUCAAAGAUGAGCCAGGAGAUAGAGAAGUCCAAACAAAAAGUGAAAUCGGACUCAACCUGACUCUGCAUAUAAAAGUGGAGGAAGACGAGGAACAAGCGAAAGAUGCUUCAGAUCCCACACACCUUGCCUCGACAGAGGACGAUCAGAAAGGUAGUGAAGCUGCAGCAGCCUCCCCCUCAAAAUCAGAUGCUUCUAAGUCUAGAAUCCCUAGAAUGGGUCUUUCUGCCUCAGCUAAGACCACUAAGAAAGACAAAGACCCAGUAUCACCAGUGUCUCCUGAAACUGUAGAGGUGAAACCAGACAUAAUUGUAGAGGAGACCCCCUUAGAGGUAGAAGCUAGUUCCCUCAAUCCAAUGAUAACUGAUGUUGAGACAGCAGUAACCACUGUCACUCGAUCAGUGUACCCAGAACAGGACCAAGAGUCCUCUGACUCCUCUCCAGAGGAGCAGCAUUCGGUCAUAGAACUCCCCCAAACCACAGAAAAGACCAAAACCCCAACUUCUACUGAAAAAGUUCCAAAGAUCCCAACUAAAACCCCAGCCAAGGAUGGCCCCCAAAGUCAGAUUAGAACUGCUUCCUCCUUUACAUCCCCUGCAUCCCCCUCUUUAGCUAGUCCUAAAAAAGAGACUCCUGCUUUAGAGUCCAAAUCGAGAAUACCUGUCAAGGGCAAGGCUAGCCCUGUCAAGCCUGAGCCAUCAGUUAAACAUACUGAGUCAUCCCAGGACGCAAAGCUCAAGGUCCCAGUAAAAAAGGACUUGAGGAGAAAGUCUGAGACAGAUACAGGUCCCUCUGCUGUACCCAAAACCAAGACGUCGUCUUCCAAAGCCAAGAGCUUCUGUGAGGCAGACAAGUCAUCAUCUAAAAAGGACCUGGGUCGUCCCAUGAGCGAUGACUACUCCACCAAGCCAAAGUCGGGCUUUGGUUUCCAAUCUAGGCUGCCAGUUAGAGGCAAGCUUGGUCAGACAUCACACACUUCCACCCCCGCCAAAGACAAAAGCGAGCCGCGCAAGAAGUCUAUAGAGUUUGUUGAUAAGAUUAGCGACGAAGUUACAAAGCUAGUUGAGAGAUUUCCUCAGGACGAGAAAAACAAAGAGCAGGAGGCUGCUGUCUCGAAUGAUGAGAGCAGCGGCAUAGAGAGGGAGACUUUUCCCGAAAUACAGUUCCCUGCUUCCGGAGAUGUCUAUCCCAUUAGACCCCUGUGGGAUGACCCUGUUGACACGCAGAUGCAACGGAUUCCCGACGAUACAAUCAGAAGUCAAGUAGAUUCCCAGCAUGAAGCCGAGAGGAAAGAGGAACGGUUGGAAAUAAUAGCCGACCACCUGGGCUUCAGUUGGACGGAGCUGGCUCGAGAACUGGAGUUCAGUGAGGAGAAAGUCAAUCUAAUAAGGCUUGAGAACCCCAAUUCACUACAGGACCAAAGCCACGCCCUGCUGAAGCUCUGGACUGACAGGGAGGGUAAAAAUGUCACAGAAACAUCACUGAUCAAAAGACUAACCAAAAUCAACAGAAUGGACAUUGUCCACCUCAUUGAAACCAAGAUGGUCAAGUCCACCCAGGAGGACACAUCACACACCUAUGCAGAGAUUGAGAGGACCAUUGCACUGGAUCACAGUGAAGGUUUCUCUGCCCUCCAAGAGGACAUAGACAGUCCGCAGCCAGGCAGGCGUACAGACAGCACCCCCAGUGGGCCAGGGUCCAGGCAGGGGCCCCUCGUGGUGUCAGAGGAGGAUCUCUCCUCCAGCAUUUCGUCACAUCACGAGACUUCAGGGCGGGUGGAGACAGACGAAUCAGUGACAGGCCUCCUGAGACACGUCCAGAAGGAGAAGCUGCAGAAAGAGAUGGAUUCGACACAUUCUGUGGGCGGUACAUCAGAUACUGGACCGGAGAAGGCUGAGUCACUACAUAUGGGCACUUUCCAACAAGCGGAUGACCUGCCAGACAUCCCUCCCCAGACAGUUACAGAAGAACAGUACAUGGAUGAGCAAGGAAACAUGGUAGUCAAGAAGAUCACACGGAAGGUGAUCCGUAAGUACUUCUCUCCAGACGGUGUGGAGAGAGAGGAGGUGACGGUGCAGGGAUCUCAGCAGGAGAUGGUCAGCGUGGAGGAGGGAGACGGCUUCUCCAAGGUGGUGAAGAGGACUGUGGUCCGGAGUGAGGGAGAUCAGACUGAGUUGACCUUCUCGGAGCCCCUUGCCCUGGGGGCCACCACGGCCUCGGAGAUCGAGUCAGAGCAGGCGGAGGGUCGAAAGGUCAGCAAGGUGGCCAAGACGACGGUGGUGAGGGGCGAGAGGAUGGAGAAGCAGACGGGUGACCCCUCGCUGGCCGCAGACCUCCCCUCGGCCAAACAGGACUUUGAGAAGGCAUUGAGUUAUGCUGGAGGCUUUGGGAAAAUUCAACUUCCCCAUUUAGUAGAAAAAGAGGUUGUGAAGGAGGACGGUUCUGUUGUCAAAAGAACCCAGAUGCGUAAGUCUCGUACCCAGAAGAGGACUGUGGCGAUGGAUGCCCAGGGUAAGCAUGUGCACCUGGAGCGGCUGGACGACACCCCAGAGACCCUGCAACCCGAUGCCCUUCAGCAACACCUGCACUUGCUGCUCCAACGCUAUUGCGCCAAGGAGGAGGAGGGAGGAGAGAAGGAGAAAGAGGAGGAGAGGAGAAAGAAGAAGUGAUGGGCUUUUUUGAUUUGCUGGCUGAGUUGUGUGUCUUCCCUUUUGGCCUCGCCCCCAAUGCUACAUAAGCCUCCUAUCCACAAAAAAAACAUGAAGUCUUGUAAGCUAUUCUCUACCACAACUCUGACCCCUCGAUGACCCCUAACGACCCUUAACCUUUACCAGCCAGACUUCCCCUGCUAAAGACACUGGAUUACGUUUUUGGUUUCAAUUUUUUUUUUCUCCCUUUUAGUGGCAAAUAAUGAAACAGUUUAUUAUUAUUUAUUUUUUUGCUUUUGACUUGUUUCCAGUUUUUUUUUUUUGCUCAUUUUGUGACCAAAGAUGGCACCCCCUUUCUCGUCGGGUGACUUAGAAUAAUAUUUUUUUUGUCGUUAUCCUUUUGUUUGGUUCUUGUAGUUUUUGGCUGCUGUGGUACAAUAAUAAAGAACAACACAAAAAAAAUGCAACGAAUGAAAACAGCUACAGGAAAUGUAUGAAGAGGGUGCACCUCGCACGUUCGCCUCAUGCAGAGGCCUCUUUCUGAAGGAACGAUUGUAAACAUUUGUAAAUAGAGAAGACUGGUAGAAAACAAAACAAACAGCAAUUCAAAAGCAUUUGUUACAUUUGUCCCACGGUACCUGCUGUACACGUACGUGUACCAAUCUGUUCUGUGGUCAAGGGUGAAGGGUCUUGACCCUUUUCAUCCGACUAUCAAGAGAUUGUUACAUAGGAGUCCGUUGUCAUAAACAGUUUUGGAGAGAUACUGUUUUAAAGGAGUGAAUGCCAUAGUCUUUCAUCGAGGACUUUUGAAUCAGAUAAGCACAAAUAUGCUGUGAUCUGAACCCCCAUUUUAUUGAAGCAAAUCAUCCCCAAAUAACCCUCCACUACAGUUCAGUUUACAAAGUUGGCUCAAGGUGGUUACGUGUGUAAUGAUGUGGUGUCGUUUGUUUUACAUGAGCUUUGUGAACACACGUUCAGCCCCAGCCCCAGCCCCAGGUACUGCCCCAGGUACUGCCCCAGGUACUGUCCCAGGUACUGCCCCAGGUACUGCCCCAGGUACUGUCCCAGGUACUGCCCCAGGUACUGUCCCAGGUACUGCCCCAGGUACUGCCCCAGGUACUGCCCCAGGUACUGCCCCCAUCUCCCUGUUUUUCUCUAUCUGUCUUAUGGGUGUUGUGUAGUCAAACUUCCUUCUGAGCAGUGCAUCAGACUGCUACCACCUAUAUGUGUGUGUGUGUGUGUGCGUGUGCGUGUGCGUGUGCGCGCACGUAUGUACGUGAGUGUGUUUGAGUGUUAGUUCAUAGUAUCCUCACUGACAUUGCGACCUGCCAUUUUCUAAAGAAAUUAUCCAGAAUGUUCUCCUUUCUUGUCCUUCAUGUACGCUGUUUUAUCUUCCAUUACUACACCUACAGGUCAUAACACUAGGUACGUCUCCCCUCCUUCCCUCCCAUUACUACACCUACAGGUCAUAACACUAGGUACGUCUCCCCUCCUUCCCUCCCAUUACUACACCUACAGGUCAUAACACUAGGUACGUCUCCCCUCCUUCCCUCCCAUUACUACACCUACAGGUCAUAACACUAGGUACGUCUCCCCUCCUUCCCUCCCAUUACUACACCUACAGGUCAUAACACUAGGUACGUCUCCCCUCCUUCCCUCCCAUUACUACACCUACAGGUCAUAACACUAGGUACGUCUCCCCUCCUUCCCUCCCAUUACUACACCUACAGGUCAUAACACUAGGUACGUCUCCCCUCCUUCCCUCCCAUUACUACACCUACAGGUCAUAACACUAGGUACGUCUCCCCUCCUUCCCUCCCAUUACUACACCUACAGGUCAUAACACUAGGUACGUCUCCCCUCCUUCCCUCCCAUUACUACACCUACAGGUCAUAACACUAGGUACGUCGCCCCUCCUUCCCUACACCUACAGGUCAUAACACUAGGUACGUAGCCCCUCCUUCCCUACACCUACAGGUCAUAACACUAGGUACGUCGCCCCUCCUUCCCUACACCUACAGGUCAUAACACUAGGUACGUCGCCCCUCCUUCCCUACACCUACAGGUCAUAACACUAGGUACGUAGCCCCUCCUUCCCUACACCUACAGGUCAUAACACUAGGUACGUCGCCCCUCCUUCCCUACACCUACAGGUCAUAACACUAGGUACGUCGCCCCUCCUUCCCUACACCUACAGGUCAUAACACUAGGUACGUAGCCCCUCCUUCCCUACACCUACAGGUCAUAACACUAGGUACGUCGCCCCUCCUUCCCUACACCUACAGGUCAUAACACUAGGUACGUCUCCCCUCCUUCCCUCCCAUUACUACACCUACAGGUCAUAACACUAGGUACGUCGCCCCUCCUUCCCUCCCAUUACUACACCUACAGGUCAUAACACUAGGUACGUCUCCCCUCCUUCCCUCCCAUUACUACACCUACAGGUCAUAACACUAGGUACGUCGCCCCUCCUUCCCUCCCAUUACUACACCUACAGGUCAUAACACUAGGUACGUCGCCCCUCCUUCCCUCCCAUUACUACACCUACAGGUCAUAACACUAGGUACGUCGCCCCUCCUUCCCUACACUUACAGGUCAUAACACUAGGUACGUCUCCCCUCCUUCCCUCCCAUUACUACACCUACAGGUCAUAACACUAGGUAUGUCGCCCCUCCUUCCCUACACUUACAGGUCAUAACACUCGGUACGUCGCCCCUCCUUCCCUACCAUGAGUCACUUGUGCGUGCCAUCUCACCCAUCUAUCAAUGACUUUGAUUAAAGGUAGACUCAGCAAUAUGACGAGGAUGCAGAAAGUAAACAGAGUGGGUCAAUUUCCACAACAACUAAGAGCGUUGAAGCGUGAGGCUCAACUUCUCUGCUGUUUUGGUCCUGUGGCUUCCACUCUGUGAACAGCCUGAAGCAAACCUGUGCACAUGUGCAGAUACUGGGUGUGACUUUGUGAGAGCAAAGUCUUGCAUCUCACUAUCUGCGGUGCUGCUCGUGGCCACAUCAUUUCAUUGAGUCUUUCUUUAAGCCUGUUAAGAUUUGUACAAGCAAGUAUAGGACAGAGAGAGACCAGUGUGCUGUAGUUGUUCUGUUUCAUUUGCUGUUGUUGAUUAGAUGUUUUUUCUGUUGGUUUUAUGGUAUCCAAUAAAUGGUGAUAAGAUCGGCACAUCA